AUGGCAACUGCCGAUGCCGUCCUCUAUCAGUCAUACACGGCGGCAUAUUCCUCCAUUGUGACAACAGCCACCAAUUUCACCAUUCCAUCCCUUCUUCAAAUGGCUGUUCCAGAAGCAACAAGCGGUGGCAAAAGACGAUGCGUACAGGCGCGGAAACCUGCUCUAACUGAACGAAUCCCUCCAUCAUCCAGAUCCCCCACUUCCCGCCUCAUGCAGCCACAGCAUGGCAGUAUUAUUAAUUCAAUCCCAGCACCACAGGCAGCAAGGUUUUUGCCAAGUUGGGAUACUCCUGUCCCUCGACUUUGUAUUCACCAUCUGAUGCUGAUCUCGUGCCCAUCGAGUUGCUGUGCUUGA